GGCGGGGAUGCGCAUCCCUCGGCGGCAGGAUGCCGGAGGGCAGCGCGGGCGGCCGCGGCGCGGAGAACCGGACGGGCGCCGAGGCCCCGCAGCACCUGUUCCCCGUGCCCGUGCUCACCGGCAUCACCGUCGCCUGCGUCCUGCUCUUCGUCAUCGGGAUCGUCGGCAACCUCAUGACCAUGCUGGUGGUGUCGCGGUUCCGGGACAUGAGGACCACCACCAACUUCUACCUGUCCAGCAUGGCCUUCUCCGACCUGCUCAUCUUCCUCUGCAUGCCCCUGGACCUCUUCCGCCUCUGGCAGUACCGGCCCUGGAACUUUGGGGACCUCCUCUGCAAGCUCUUCCAGUUCAUCAGCGAGAGCUGCACCUACUCCACCAUCCUCAACAUCACGGCACUCAGCGUGGAGCGGUACGUCGCCAUCUGCUUCCCCCUCCGAGCUAAAGUCAUCAUCACCAAGGGGAAGGUCAAGCUGGUCAUCCUCUUCCUCUGGGCUGUCUCCUUCAUCAGCGCCGGACCCAUCUUCAUCCUGGUGGGGGUCGAGCACGAGAACGGCACAAACCCCCUGAGUACCAAUGAGUGUCGAGCCACCGAGUAUGCCAUCCGCUCGGGGCUCCUCACCAUCAUGGUCUGGAUCUCCAGCAUCUUCUUUUUCCUGCCCGUGUUCUGCCUGACUGUGCUGUACAGCCUCAUCGGGAGGAAGCUCUGGAAGAGGAAGAGAAAGAACAUCGGUCUAAACACCGUCAUCAGGGACAAGAACAACAAGCAAACUGUGAAAAUGUUAGUUGUGGUGGUAUUUGCUUUCAUACUCUGCUGGUUGCCUUUUCACGUAGGACGAUAUUUAUUUUCCAAAUCCUUUGAAGCUGGAUCCUGGGAGAUAGCAGUGAUCAGCCAGUACUGCAACCUGGUGUCCUUUGUCCUCUUCUACCUUAGUGCAGCCAUCAACCCCAUCCUCUACAACAUCAUGUCCAAAAAGUACCGCGUGGCCGCCUGCCGCCUGUUCGGACUCAAACCCCUCCCAAGGAAAAGACUCUCCAGCACAAAGCAGGAAAGUUCCCGUGUGUGGACAGAGUCGAGUGUCAUCACAUGACACAUGGUUUCCAGGGCUGGUGCAUCACUCACUGCAUUUCCCAGAAAGCCAUAACAGAAGGGAAAGAGGGCAAGAAACAGGAAUCGGAAUGUUAAAGCCGUACUUUUGUCAUUGUCCGGAUCUGCUGAAAGAUGUAAUGCAGGCAGUUAAAGAUUCAAGAAAACAACAAGCUAAACUUUGAGACUAUAAAAGGAGACAAAUGGUCACAGAAUUUGGAAACACUCAAGUAUAAUUUGUCUGCUGCUUUUGCCCAUAUGAAUUUUUAAUGCUGACUUUAGCCCAGAUCUAGGCUUGUGCCCUCCUGACCAAGCAAAUGUGGCCCACUUGUACAACUUCAGUAGCAGCUAAUUCGAGCUGAAUGUUUCCAGAGUUAGCUUUAGUUUUGCUAAGAAUUUUGCUACCAUAUAACCAGACCCUAGAGAGAGAAAACUGAAUUGCCUUUUUGGAGUAGUAAACGUGAAAUUUGAUACACUUUUCAUAAUCUUGAUUUUUAAAUAAGCUCACGUUUUUCUCAGAAGGAGGAAAUGAUUUCUUAAAAACAAAAAAAAAAAAAGAGAGGUAAAAUGGGUAAUUUUUACACAUGCUAAAAAUAAAUGACCUUCAUGUCACAUCCAAGUAGAAAGGAAACAAAAAAUGCCUUCACAGAAGUGGCUUACAACAUGACUGUACUGAAAUAUUUUUUUAAAAUAUAUAUCAGUGGGACAAGGACAGGGCUGACUUCAGGACUGCGGUGAUGCUAUAAAAAUGUGGAAUACAAUCUCCCACCAAAGUCUCUUUUUUUUUAUACUAGCUAAAUCAUCUGUACUUGUUUUGUUCAGUGUGACUGUGAGUGACACAAUGUGGUUGAACUUGGAAGCUUUUAGUUGUAUUUAUUUGGUAUUUGUAACAAGUUUGUGGCUACCUGCCCCUAACUGUGCCCGUCCAUACCCCAAGGUUUGCUGAGGACAGGUCUCCUGCUUGUAAACCCCCUCCACAUUUCUGUUUGAAGACUAUUAGCCAGUUCCCAGUCCCACAUCCCCCCGUAAAGCCCAGUGUGCAAUUGUACUCGCUUGCUGCAGUAUUGAAUUGAGAACAUUUUACAUUUUUUAACCAACGUGACCUGAGAAAAUAAUAGAAAAAUCUGCAUUAAAAGACACAGGCAGACACAUUCUCAUACUUGAUUCAUAAAAAUCUUAAAUUAGAUUUAAGUAUGCCAUUUCAAGGCACACCAGAAAAUGUUCCAUCCGCUGUGCUAAUAAAUAUGUCUUAUAUUGUCUCACCAACACGUGGAUUUUGUGCUCCAGCUCAUAGAGCUUCAGAGCAUGCAUGUGUGGUAGCAGCUUUCUGUUCACUUGGUUCUAGUAUUCAUUCUCCAUAAUGAAUUUAAGUUCUCCUUAAUGAAUUUGCUGUUAGCAGAAGCUUUCCUGCCUUCAAACCCUCGUUCACACUGGGCCACUUUACACCUGUUACACCUCUAGCUGGCGGUGCUGCUCAGGUAAAACUCACAAGAGAAUUUGGCCUCUUCUCUACAUACCAAAUCCUUCCUAGCACCUGGCGCUUUGCUGGGGUCAGGGGCUGGUUGCUGCUCCUUGGUGGGACCUGAGCCUGUGCCCUCCCCACUCCACGCUUGCAGGAGCGCAGGUUUGAUGUACACACACUACACAUUAAGGUACUGCAGAGCUAUGGGAUCAUCUCCCACUUCACCUCUAACCACAUCCACCUCACAGCCCAUUUUGUUCUCUCACUCGUUGACUGACAAGCAGAUCUGAUGGCAGAUGUCAUGCAACUCAGGGAAACAAGACACUGGGGAAUCUCAAAAGGAUUGUGAAGAUGUGAGCUCACUAAUGACCCGUCUGUGUAAACGAACCCAUCACAUGCACCCGG